GAAUUAUAUAUAUAGGACUCACCCUAAUACUCAAAUUCUAUAACACUUUCCUUUGUGUUAUAGCUUUCUUUCAUAGCAUGAUCAUAAGCAACAAUACCAUAAUGGCUUCUCUACUGCUAAUCUUUGCUCUUUUUACAGUUCAUCUUCGCUUGACCAGUGCUCAAAUUGGUGUUUGCUAUGGCAUGUUGGGAAACAAUCUACCAUCACAACGUGAAGUGAUAAAUCUUUGCAAAUCAAACAACAUCAAAAGAAUGAGGUUAUAUGAUCCAAACCAAGCAGCUCUUGAAGCCCUUAGAAACUCUAACAUUGAGCUAAUGUUAGGUGUGCCGAAUUCGGACCUACAAAACAUUGCUACAAACAAUGGAAUUGCAAUUCAAUGGGUGCAAAAAAAUGUACUAAACUUCUACCCUAGUGUAAAAAUCAAAUACAUCGCGGUCGGCAAUGAAGUUAAUCCGGUCGGUGGAUCAUCUCAAUUUGCGAAAUUCGUUCUCCCCGCGAUCCAAAAUAUUUACCAAGCUAUAAGAGCAAAAGGUCUACAAGAUCAAAUCAAGGUUUCAACCGCUAUCGACAUGACUUUGAUAGGAAACUCGUAUCCGCCGUCUAAAGGUUCAUUUAGAAGCGAUGUAAGAUCAUAUUUGGAUCCAAUUAUAGGUUACUUAGUAUAUGCAAAUGCACCUUUAUUUGCAAAUAUUUACUCUUAUUUUAGCUAUUCUGGUAACCCUAAAGACAUUUCACUUCCUUAUGCAUUAUUCACUUCACCUAAUGUUGUGGUUUGGGAUGGUUCAAGAGGAUACCAAAACCUAUUUGAUGCUUUGUUGGAUUCAUUACAUGCUGCAAUUGAUAAUACUGGAAUUGGUUUUGUUAAGGUUGUUGUGUCUGAAAGUGGUUGGCCUUCAGAUGGUGGAUUUGCAGCUACCUAUGAUAAUGCAAGAGUUUAUCUUGAUAAUUUGAUUAGGCAUGUUAAAGGGGGGACUCCAAUGAGGAAUGGUCCUAUUGAGACUUAUAUAUUUGGUUUGUUUGAUGAGAAUCAGAAGAGUCCUGAGCUGGAGAAACAUUUUGGAGUGUUUUAUCCUAAUAAACAGAAGAAGUAUCCAUUUGGGUUUGAGGGGAAAAGAGGUUGGGAGAUUGAGGGUAGUAUGUUUAAUGUAUCUUUUCCUCUUAAGAGUGACAUUUAAUUAUGUAAUUAAGGUUGCUCUGAAUGUUUGCAUGAAAUAAAUUUGGUUGUCUAGUUUUUAUCUUGUAACCACAACUUGGAAUAAAAGUCAGUUUUUUAAACCAACAUAUAAUAAUAGGAUUUAAUUUAUGUAUAUACUA